UCUGCCGACUCCCUUUCUUCUUAAUAAUUUAGACCCCAAGGCCUCAUUUCUGAGUGUAAGAGGGGGUGCGGUCUCCCCCAAGACCGCGCGCUGGAAGGACAGAUUCCCCUUGCCGACCCACAUACACCAUGAAGAGGUGUAAAUCGGACGAGCUGCAGCAACAACAGGGCGAGGAGGAUGGAGCUGGGCUGGAAGAAGCCACUUCCCACCUGCCAGGCGCGGACCUCCGGCCUGGGGAGGCCACGGGUGCUAACUCUGCUGGCGGGCCAACUUCAGAUGCCAGCGCAGCCCCGGCGCCCAACCCAGGUCCCCGAAGCAAGCCUCCUGAUUUAAAGAAAAUCCAGCAGCUCUCAGAGGGCUCCAUGUUUGGCCACGGCCUGAAGCACCUGUUCCACAGCCGCCGACGGUCGCGGGAGAGGGAGCACCAGGCGUCUCAGGAUUCCCAGCAGCAGCAACAACAGCAGGGCAUGUCUGACCAUGACUCCCCGGACGAAAAGGAGCGCUCUCCGGAGAUGCACCGUGUGUCCUACGCUAUGUCCUUGCACGAUCUGCCCGCCCGGCCCACCGCCUUCAACCGAGUGCUGCAACAGAUCCGCUCCCGACCCUCUAUCAAGCGGGGAGCCAGCCUGCACAGCAGCAGCGGGGGCAGCAGCCGGCGCACCAAGAGCAGCUCUCUGGAGCCCCAGCGCGGCAGCCCCCACCUGCUGCGCAAAGCCCCCCAGGAUAGCAGUCUGACGGCCAUCCUGCACCAGCACCAGUGCCGCCCGCGCUCCUCCUCUACCACUGACACCACCCUGCUGCUGGCUGACGGUGGCAGUGUGUAUCUCCUGGCUGAGGAGGCUGAAGGCCUUGGAGACAAGGUCGACAAGGGAGACCUCGUGGCCCUGAGCCUUCCCUCUGGUCCCGGCCAUGGUGACACUGAUGGCCCCAUCAGCCUGGACGUGCCAGAUGGGGCACCAGACCCCCAGCGGACCAAGGCCGCCAUCGACCACCUGCACCAGAAGAUCCUGAAGAUCACAGAGCAGAUCAAGAUUGAGCAGGAGGCACGUGAUGACAACGUGGCAGAAUACCUGAAGCUGGCCAACAACGCGGACAAGCAGCAGGUGUCACGCAUCAAGCAGGUGUUCGAGAAGAAGAACCAGAAGUCGGCCCAGACUAUUGCCCAACUACACAAGAAGCUGGAGCACUACCGCCGGCGCCUGAAGGAGAUUGAGCAGAAUGGGCCCUCACGGCAGCCCAAGGACGUGCUGCGGGACAUGCAGCAGGGUCUGAAGGACGUGGGUGCGAACAUGCGCGCGGGCAUCAGUGGCUUUGGAGGCGGUGUGGUGGAGGGCGUCAAGGGCAGCCUCUCUGGUCUCUCGCAGGCCACCCACACCGCCGUGGUGUCCAAGCCCCGGGAAUUUGCCAGCCUCAUCCGCAACAAGUUCGGCAGUGCUGACAACAUUGCCCACCUGAAGGACCCUCUGGAAGAUGGGCCCCCAGAGGAGGCAGCCCGGGUACUGAGCGGCAGUGCCACGCUUGUGUCCAGCCCUAAGUACGGCAGUGAUGACGAGUGUUCCAGUGCCAGCGCCAGCUCAGCCGGGGCGGGCAGCAACUCCGGGGCUGGGCCCGGCGGGGCAUUGGGGAGCCCCAAGUCCAACACACUAUAUGGCGCCUCUGGAAACCUGGACACUCUGCUGGAGGAGCUGCGGGAGAUCAAGGAGGGACAGUCACACCUGGAGGACUCCAUGGAAGACCUGAAGACUCAGCUGCAGAGGGACUACACCUACAUGACGCAGUGCCUGCAAGAGGAGCGCUAUAGGUAUGAGAGGCUGGAGGAGCAGCUCAAUGACCUGACGGAGCUCCACCAGAAUGAGAUGACAAACCUGAAGCAGGAGCUGGCCAGCAUGGAGGAGAAGGUGGCCUACCAGUCGUACGAGAGGGCUCGGGACAUUCAGGAGGCCGUGGAGUCCUGCCUGACCCGGGUCACCAAGCUGGAGCUGCAGCAGCAGCAGCAGCAGGUCGUGCAGCUGGAGGGCGUGGAGAAUGCCAAUGCCCGGGCACUGCUGGGCAAGUUCAUCAAUGUGAUCCUGGCGCUCAUGGCUGUGCUGCUGGUGUUUGUGUCCACCAUUGCCAACUUCAUCACUCCUCUCAUGAAGACACGCCUCCGCAUCACCAGCACCGCCCUCCUGGUCCUUGUUCUGUUCCUCCUCUGGAAGCACUGGGACUCCCUCACCUACCUCCUGGAGCACGUGUUGCUGCCCAGCUGAGUGGCCAGCCCACCCUUACCCUGUGCUCUCCGGUCCCCAGCUGGCCACCUUCUCCAGGAGGGACCCUGGGACUUCUUCGUGUAUCCAAUUUGGCCUCCUGUCCAAGCUGACCAUUCCAGCAGCUCCUGCCCCCUUCUAUGUACUUGCUUCUGUCUGAUCCCUUCUCCCUAUUGGCCUGAAGGGAGCUUAGAGUGCAGCCCUGCCUGGAAACGUGGGGGCACCUGUGGCCAAAUGGAGCAAAGGAAGACAUCGGGAUUGGAUUGUUUUGAUUAUUUAUAGUCACACAGACUUCUCUCAGCUGACCUUGGGAUGCCCUGGGUCAGGAAGUUCACUGAGACUAGGAAGAGAGGGUUUUGCCUCAACUUCCCUAGGAAGAAGCCUACCCAGGAGGAACCUGUGAUUCCCUCUGGUGGCGAUGGUUAGGAUGAAGGCAAGAGAGUGAGGGAGGAGGCUCUGCAGGCCCCAGAGAGUACAGGGAGGGAGGGUUCCUGGCUUCAGGUGCUUCCCAGGCUAGAGAGCAGGCUCAGAGCAGCUGCUGAGGAGUUCAUCCUCCCUACCCCUCUUCCCUCUAGAGCUGGUUUGAGGCCGGCUUCUUGGCCUGGGCCCUUCAGUAAUCUGAAGGAUACUGGCUCUGGAGGCCAAGUGCA